GUCAAAAAACAGGUCCGCACCUAAGAACCCGGAGAACAAGUAGCUCCUGUGUCUGAGGUCAUUAUCAGAGAGUGAAAAGGAAAACACCUACUCUAAAUACAGAACUUCAUCUACUUCAUCGAAUAAAUUUAAUACCCGCCAAGUAAAGUAAAAGACUAAAAGCUCUUUUACUUUUUUAAUACACAUCCCCAGUCAGAAGUCUUAAAACAAAAUGGGCGGCCCGACCUUUUCUGGUGCCAUGGACAUGUUCACCGCCUUCGGCGAGGCGUGGGCAGAGGACCCGAACGCGGAAGAGAUCGGCGUUUGCCGAGGAGAACGAGGCGAUUAAAGCGGGCGGCUUCAAGUACUACUCGGACAUUUUGCAGAUCGCGGUUUUCGUCCAGGAGCGGGACGGCAAGGACGCUGCGAUCAAGGCCAUCAACGACUUUUGCACGAUUUUCAAAAAGGCCGGGGAGGCAUCGGACGGCGACGGCGACAAAUUCGCGCAAGCUUUCCAGGAAGGCAUUGACGAGCUGGAACUCAUCUAAGGCCGAAGCGAGCUUUUACCAAAUAAAACGGGUUGUAGUUGCAGCCAACGAACUGUCAGGUUACUUGACCUGAGUAUACUUGGAGCUGUUUCGAGAGACCGGAUGACAUCUCCUGCAAUUUAGUACGGAGUCAAUGCUUUUCUUUUUCAAUUUCACAACCACAACUGGUCGCUUUCACAGUUUCAUCCUCAACGCGAAGCAUUACGACGAGAAUCGUUCCAAUUUUCACCGUGGCACAAGCUCCGGGGUAGUAAGCGACCAAAUAAAUUCAAUUACUUACAAAGAAACACUUUUAACUGAGUUUAAGCUUUGCUUUUGUCUGGAGGUUCGUAUCGCCUAGAGGUUCGUAUGGGGAGGGCUAACUGAGCAGGAUAGAGAGUCUCGAUUUCGAUAUCUGUUUGCGUAUCGCGGUUUUACAGCGUUAGCGCUCGUUGUUCGAUUGGCUAAAGCAACACACAAAACCAAACGGAUUCCACAGUUGGGGCAAAGGAUGGGGUAGUGGAGUAGGUAGCUUAGAUGUCCACUACGCCUGAUGCCCCAACAGACUCAACGACAUUCUCUAUCUGUUACUAGCUCGCAUUUUUUUUUCGGGCGGGGACGCAAAGGAAGGGCAAAGAUAAAGAUGUCGCUAGUGCGUGACUCCUAACGUUAAAAAAGGCCCCAGCGAGUCGCUUUUUAUUUCUUUACAAAUGGACCCAAAACAGGAGACCUAAAGUUCGGGUGUGAAUUUCUUCGCCCGGCUUCUGCUCCCUUCCUUGAGUUGCUGCGGUGUUGAAGUUCUCACUCAUGCUCGACUGUGUAGGAGGGUUGAUGUUGCCUCACCCCUCUAAGGUCUCAGGAGUCACGCUGCCACACUGUCUCCAAACCCACGCCGACAAUACCAAAGAGCAUUUUUGACAAGAAUUAAAAAGCAACAAAGAAGCAUACUGCAGGGGGAAGGGGAAAGGCUUGCUGCUACGUAAAAAGCGCAGCCGUGCAUCUCAGAGGGCUUGCUUGGGGGAAGUUUCUGAAUAUUCUCAUCAUGCGUUUACUUUUUCGAGCCGGACUCGAAGUGAAAAUACAAGUCAGCAACUACCCCCUUCUCUGCCUUCCUCCUGUAGCAAUACUUCCAAAAAGAGCCCAGUAGGACCAUCAACAUCGCGCUGCGCCCAGUCAUGCAUGUCAUGGCAAAACAGGAUCCCAAAAGUUGCUUCUUCAAAACUCACGCAAUUGUGAUUCGAGAUUUCCCGACCUUUAGGCUUAGUUUUUUAGGCGUGAGGGGCGGGGCAGUGGGCCACUCGGAUCAGGUACAGAAUCACCACCGAAAAAAGGAAGAGCAAUGCAGCGCCUGUGCUGUUGCAUCACUACAGUUGUCGACUCUCUUGCACAGCGAGAUUGAAGGCAACUCGGUGGUGUGACUCACCGCCUGCUGACCAUGUGAACAACUGUAGCAUGUCGCGACGAGAAGGGACAAGCAGUCUGGAGCCGAAAGGCGAAGGGGUCAGAUGGCACUUACGAACCACGAAUACGAUGCCGCGAUAGAACAAGGACGACGAGCCUGGAUCACCUCUUUUUCCGAUCUGAAGUUGUCUAUGUGAUAUUUCGCUGCGUUAUUUUUGUGAUUUGUAUUUAAAAAAAAAAAAAAAUUCAUUUUUGAUUUAUUCUUAAUUAUUCAGUGCAGCAUGUAACUAUGAAUUUCGAGAAGAAAUUGCGUUUCUGUUGACUAGAGCUUUAUGCACACAGCAUGCAAUGCGUGUUCAAGCUCCCCUGCGUGGUUCCAUCGAUCUUGAUCUUCAGCACAGUAACGAUCCUAACCGUUUAGCUUAGUCGUCUCGUCGUCUUUGUGGUCUGGUUGACCAAACCAAACGAAUCAAUCCAUCUUGAAACACCACCUGUAUACAGAUGUGAAUCAGUACUCCGUUCUGAAUCAUUCCAAACAGAAAGAUGCGAACUCGACCGCUAUUCGUAUGCUGUGAAUGUGUUCAGAAUUCCUAACAUUCUGAUUCACACUUGGUGCCGCCGGUGAGACCGGUAAUCGCGAGCCAACGAACAACUUCGCCAUCCACAAGUCCAAAUUUUUCCGUCGGAACACCAUCGGCAUCUACACGCAAAAAUCUCUUUUUGGAAUAGAUUGAUUUACGAAUCCCGACGGUAUGCCGACGGUAGAUCGGAAGAUCAUCUGCCCGGAGAUAAAGAACUCCGAGGGCUGGACGAUGUGGAAGCAUAAAAUCAAAUCGAUGAUGAGCAUGGUAUUGGAAUUGGACGCACAAUGGCAGGCAAUUUUGAACGACAACACCCAGCAGACGAACUUUCAAAAUGUUCAGCCUGGUUUGACAGCACAGCAAAAGCAAGAUGUGUUUUCCCUCGAGUCCACGUUUUUGAAUGCAUUGCAAGACGACGCAGCAAAAUUGAUCACGAACAGCCAGACAGUGGGUUUUGUAAAAUGUUACUUCCUUCUGUCAUCGCACUGGGAUCAGAAAGCAUCUUCAAUUGACAGUGACACAACCAACAACGAAUUGAUUACUGUCUGCUACGACAUGGAGAAGGAUGGAGAUUUUUCUAUUUGGAUCUACGCAGAAAAGUACAGCAAAAUCCUCCUUCUGAAAGACAGAUACCCAGAUGCGGCUGCGAUCAAUCGCCAGAUGUGGGACGUCCUCAAAUUCCGACUUGACCCGACUUGCAUGAAAACAAUCAUGGCGGAGAUCAGAAAUUUGAACAGUACUACAGCUACUUGGGAGAAAGAAGGACUGGCAAUGGUGAUGGACUUCAUCAAAUCAGGCAGAAUGAAUAUUGAAAAGGAACAGCAAGCGACUUUGCAUUUAGCACGAACGAACGUCGCCCCCGCAAACGCAAACCCCAAUGCGUUCCUUGCUGGUGCAUCAUCAUCAUCUUCUUCUUCUGGUAACAAAAAUUCCAACUUCAUCGUCGCACCGGAAGGCGCGACCUUCGAGCAGCAAUUGAUGUGUCAGUCCAUCAAUAACCAAACCGCCUUAGUUAUGAUGAAUAAGGGUCACAAAGGACAGGGAAAACACAACAACAAAAACUACAAUUCCAAUACCUAUGCGAAUCGAAAUCAGCCCUAUGGUAACAACGCGCAGAAUCAAGGAGGCCUCUGGUGUACGUAUUGCCAACGUCCAGGACAUGACGUUCAUUACUGCUAUCGCAAGAAACGCCAGCAGGAGAAGAACACUGCCCCACCACCCGCGAACAACUACGGCAACAACCACAAGAAGGGCGGUGGUGGUGGCAAGGGCGGUGGCAAACACGGCGUGAAGAAAGGUGGCUACAAGUCUCACCAGAAGGGUCGCAAGUGGUGACAUAAGGACCACGAUUCUGCUGAUGAUGUCGAUGAUAAAUCGAUGCUGAUGGAUUCAAAUCACGAUGUGAAAAUCGAUGCUGAGUUGGAAUCAAAUUUCGUUGAUGUGUCGAAGAACACUGAUGAAAAGAGCGAUGUAUUUGAUGACGACGACAACUACUAUUCGUGCUUUUACACAAGUCACGAUGCUACUAGUUACAAUCAAAAAUCGUUACUGUGCAAGAUCGAUCAAUCAAUGCCGAUUAUAGAGUGCAAGAUCAACAAAUCCAUUUUGGAUGAAGGUUCGGCAGAGGAAAGAAAACAGAGGACAAACAGGGAUAUCCUCGACAGUGGCACUACUCAUUACGUGUCGAGUGUGCUUAGCGAUUUUGUGUCCUUUCGCUCCAAUCCUGUGAAAAUCAAUGGAGUCGGAGGCACUUUGCAAGCGAAAAAUCCUCCAAGGAUAGGUAGGCUGAAGACGAAUCGACUUGGUUACUCAGUAGGUAUUUUUCACAGCGCUUUGCCCGUGCGCCGCCUUUUACCUACAACCACCCUGAACGCAAUGGGUUGGUCAGUAAAGCUAGAACCAAAAGCAGUAGCCAAGUCUGAGAUAGUUUCAAGAUUCGCAGAUGUCGCAGUGCCAUUAGAAAAUAACCCGCCUGACUUACCAUUUUUGCCUGAUGGUGAGCUUUUCGGCACGGGUGUGGCUUUAUACUGCAGAGAAUUUGAAGAGGUUUUGUCAGAGGAAGACGCUUUGUCUGCGUCGCGUUUUGGUUGCAAUCUUUUCACACCUGAUUGCUUAUCCAACUGCUGCAAAAAGCGCCGCGUAGGACAGCUCGAUGAGUCUGCUUCUAUUUUCACUGGAGAUGCCUUGGCCGACUGCGUAGAGGAUUUUGAGCAUUUAUGCUACUUGUCCAAGUUAGACCGACACCGAAGACGUGGCCACAUCCAUGUCCCAGGUGAAGAGGUGUUUUGCCCUGAAUGCGCCCUCGCAAAGGGUGGCAGGUCAGGUGCUAGGAAAGAACGACCACAGAAGUACUCUGAUCCAACACCGCUAAAGCAACUUGAUGCUGACUUUUGGGGUCCAGUCAAACCCGUCAGCUUGACAGGCAAUUCAUGGCUAUUGAUUUUCAUUUGCCCUGCUGUUGCGCGUGUGUUUGAGUUCAAGUUGAAGCACAAAGAUCAGGCCUACGCAGUCGUAGAACGGCUAAUCAAGCAACUUCGCGCAUCGGACAGCAUCGACUUGACAGAUAAGGUCGUAUGGUUUGUCCGCAGUGACAACGACCCCACGUUCAGAGCAAAGAAGUGGGAGGAUACGCUCCAAGCGCUCUCCGUUUUUCGGCAGCACUCAGUCCCAUACGUACCACAGAAAAAUGGUGUGUGCGAACGCUUCAUGGGUACUCUGGGUCCCGGUUUAAGGGCUAAUCUAGUGGGUGUCGACUUGAGACUUUGGGAUUAUGCCGCUUCUUACUUUGUAUACACGUGGAAUCGCUUACAGCGGAAAUUCUACAAGCGCGCCCCUCAGUUCAAUGGUCUCUCACCUUUGGAAGCUUGUCGACAGAGGAAGUCACUGCAAAAUGACCGGAAAGUUUCUCGCACAGAACCCCAAGAGCCCGAUGAGAUAUUGAAGACUUCGAAUUUUGACUCCAGGAUGCGUCGCUUCGGUUGCCUCGCUUAUUUCCUGAGACAGCCAGUAGAAGGGGUCAAGAAACUUGUAGAGAAGUACACGAAAGGAGUCUUUCUUGGGUAUUGCGAUCAGUCCUCGUGCUAUCUAGUUGGAACUUACGUUAAGGAUGAUCGAUACUCCAAGGCCGGCGCUUUGCGCUGGGCAGUUUACGAAACAAACGCCGUGAAGUUUGUCGAGUCAGUUUUGAUCGACAAUGUUGACUCUCUACGCCCAGGGUACCGCGGUGGCGUCGUAGUUUCAGACGACCAGCUCCUGCAGACUAUCUGUGGCUCGAAGGACAAUGCCCGGGUGGUUGGUUCUGAUCGGGAUUGUGCUCCUGUGCGCAAAAAUCCGGGUGGUUCAGAGGUCUCAGGUUCUGGGGGGGUUGGCGGGUCCAACUCCCUGCCACUUUUAGAAGUCGAGAAAGCAGCUUCACAAGAACACGCUCAUAACGCAUCCUCUGCCUCGUUCAAAGACAUCAAUCUUCAGUCAAAUCAGCAUGCCAGUGGUGACAAUUCGCAAGUACAAAAUCCGCAUUCCGCACCUGAUUCAGUUUCAUCGCGCGCGCCCGCCCGGAACACGGUUGAACACCAUGAGCCAGACCCUGAAGUGGUCUUUGGUCGCGAAAAGACCAAGCGCCCGCGCGGUAGGCCCAAAGGGGCAAAGGACAAAACGCAACGCACGCGAAGAACAAAGCAGCAAUUGUCCGAAGCCGAGAACUCAGAUGCGUUUUAUGCCGACUUUGCAGAAGUGAUCAAUGAUUGUUAUGUAUGUGACAGCGUCGUAGACGAUUUCGAAGAGGGUGAAGAGUUAGUCGAAGCACUUCCACAGUUCGCGAACGUUGCCGCGAUGAGCUCGCCAGAUGCGCCGCACUGGUUAGAAGCCAAAUCCCUCGAGAAGUGCAAGCUUGAGGCGUUUCAGACGUGGAGAGUGCCUACUCCAGAAGAGUUAGAACGCGCUAAGACCACAGGCGUGGUCCCGAUAGCAUUGGUGCUUAGCCGCAAGCGCUGUGGCAAGUUCAAGUGCCGUGCUGUCGUCCUAGGUAAUCUCUACAAGCCCGGCGGUGAGUUAGAAGUUUACGCGCCCGUAAUCAGCUUUGGAGCCUCGCGCUACCUGCUGAUCGAUGCCGCCGCGCAUGGUGAUGCCAUAAUUUUGUUUGACAUUGACAACGCAUUCGUACAGAGCUUGAUCGAUUCGGAAAUUUUCAUUCGUCUGCCAAAGGAAUGGCGUGAGCAAAACGACGAUGGUAUUCGGAAGCUAGUUCGUGCCCUUUAUGGGUUACCACAAUCCCCGAGGCUGUGGGCAAAGCACUACGAAAAGAAGUUAGUCAGUCUCGGUUGGACACAGUCAACAGAAAAAGGGUUGUGGAGAAAGCUCUCCAAGGCCACAGGCAACAACUUCCAGAGUUACAAGAAGUUCAGUAAGUAUAUGAAGAUGGGAGUUUAUGUAGAUGACAACACCGCAACAGGCCCGGACGAGCACGAGCUUAGGCAUGAAGUCAGUUUGAUUUUGAAAGAGUUUCCUGGCAAGAUCAUUGAGCCCGAACACCAGCCAAAUGGUGAUCUUUUGUAUGAUCAGCUCGGUGCAGACGUCCACUACAACCCGAACAAGUACAAAGUACGCAUUUGCAUGCAGAGUUACAUCCGAACAAAACUAGCUCCGAAGUUUGGCAUGGUUGGUUGUAAGAAAGUUGACAAUCCAUGCUUCACCGAAUCAGCUCUGUACGAUACCGCCUCGCCCGAAGUGAAAUUCCCGUUGCGGGAAGCUGUAGGUGCCCUGCAAUGGUGCGUAACGAUUUGUAGGCCCGACAUCGCGCAGCCCGUUAACUGCCUCGCAAAGGUAGCAAGCAAGCCCUGCACCAAAGCAGUAGUCGCAUGCGUAAAGAAAGUUUUGCGCUAUGUCAUUCACACCGAAGACGUAGGCAUCGACUACUCACCCGAGAACGAACAAAAGUUCAAGCAGGUAUACGGAUCACUUCUGCAAAAGGGAGAAAAGUUGAAAGACUGGAAUCUCUUCACCGACGCAAGUUUUGCAUCUUGUUUUGUAACGUUGAAAAGCACGUCUGGCGCUCUGCUGUACUACAGAGGCGCCCCCAUCGUGUGGAAGACCGCGCGCCAAUCGGUCAGAACGCAUUCCACAUUCGAAGCAGAGUUUGUAGCUGGCUCUGAUGGACUGAUCAUGUCCGAGACAUGCACCUUCAAGGGUUUUCUUGAAGAUCGCGAUGCUAGCGAAGACCUUUGGAUGGACAAUCAGACCGCCAUCACGGUCGCCAAGACGCCAGGCGAUGCACAGCGCCCGCGUAGCCGCCACGUUGCCCUGCGCUACCACAAAGUUGCGGAUGAAUGCGAAAAGAUUAAGUUCUGUCCCACUGAGCACAUGAAAGCUGAUUGCCUCACAAAGAACAAUGUGCCUCGUGAGGUUCGAGAUCACGUCUUCCACCACAAUCCGCACAUGACGAACAAGAGGAAAGUGAAAGUGUCCGAAGACCCUGAGGAGGUCGACGCUUGUUUCACUGUGGUAGGCGUGCCCGGUCUCUUCUUUUCACUUGAAGACCUUUGGGCUUAGAAAGGAACUUGUAUACGCCGGAGCCCCUUGCGCUUUUUCAUGCCGUAGCCAUCCUGAUCGCUUUUGAAAGAAAAACUUGUGAUCCACCAUUCUGCUUUGCUUUUUCAUUGCAAGCUUCUGGUGGUGAUUUUGUCGCACAGCUUUUACUUGCUGCGAUUUUCGAAAAACGGCUUGCGCUUGGGGGGGGGAAUGUUGACUAGAGCUUUAUGCACACAGCAUGCAAUGCGUGUUCAAGCUCCCCUGCGUGGUUCCAUCGAUCUUGAUCUUCAGCACAGUAACGAUCCUAACCGUUUAGCUUAGUCGUCUCGUCGUCUUUGUGGUCUGGUUGACCAAACCAAACGAAUCAAUCCAUCUUGAAACACCACCUGUAUACAGAUGUGAAUCAGUACUCCGUUCUGAAUCAUUCCAAACAGAAAGAUGCGAACUCGACCGCUAUUCGUAUGCUGUGAAUGUGUUCAGAAUUCCUAACAGUUUCAGUUGUGCGUCCGGCUCAAACGAUAUAUCAGAAAAAAGGUACGUCCGACUAAAAAACGAUAUAUGAGACUCCAGGGACGUAGAAGAAUAGGAGUCGAUAAAAGGGACAAUCAAUCUAAGGCUUAGAGUCGGACAGAUUUAAAUUAUCAUCAG